AUGGCUGAUGGACCACCACCACCACCACCCCCUCCCCCUCAUGGCACUCCGCCAAAAUCUUCUGGUCUACCGUCAGGGAAUUAUGAUAUUUUUAUCAUUCCACCGCAUGCGUCAGGUUCAGGAUUCCUCUACUUACCUUCACUACAACCAAAUGUUAAUAGUUUCGUAGCGGGGUUUGCUUCAGCUCUUGUGCUUGUCGCACUAACUUUCAUAUUAAAACCACUCAUGGAUUCCAUGAAAGGAGGUGGAGGGCCAGCAACCUUGAUUUUGAUGGUUGCAAUUGGGUUGGGAGCUUGGGCACUAGGGCGGAUGCAAUCGAACGGUGAGACCAGGCCCGGACCAAGUCAAGGAUCGGGUGCACCUCCGCAUGGUGGAUCAUAUUCAGGUGCCAAUAAUAACACAUAUUCCAAUGGAUCAGCUUCAAGUGGUGGGCCACGAACUUCAGGAACUGGAUUUUCACCUGGAUCCACAUCAGAGGGGGCUGGGGGACCUCCACCUAAUCCGCAGGCCGGAUCUGGCGCAAGAAAAAGAUCAAGUGAAGGUUGGGAAGAAACUCCUCCUCCUUCGCCUGAUGCCGGUCCAGAGAUGCCGGGCGCAACACCAAGGUACGGUCCUGGCACAACCCCUGGCGCAAACGAUGACACUCGAUCGAAAGAAAAUGCCUCGAGAACGGCGUGGGAAGAAGCUCGCGAAAGGACUAGAAAGAAGGAAGAGGAGAGAAAGAAGGUAGAGGCCGAGAAGAAGCGAAAGGAGGAUUUGGAAAAGAGAUUGAGAGAGUUGCGAGCAAAGGAAGCUCUGGAACGAGCUGCCCGCGAGAAAAAACAAAGAGCUGAACGCGAAGCUAGGGAACGAAAGGAAAGAGAGGAACGAGAAGCCAAAGAACAAAAGGAGAGAGAGGAACAGGAAGCCAAGGAACGAAGAGAUAGGGAAGAGCUGGAAGCUCGGGAGAAGAGAGAACGAGCAGCUCGAGAGAAGGAAAGAGGGGAACGCGAAAGGUUGGCGAAGUUGGAGAGGGAGGAUCAACAGGCUCGAGAGAGAAAGGCAAAGGAGGAGCGCGAAACUCGAGAACGAAUCAAGGCAGAAACAGUGCGAAUCAAGGCAGAAGCAGAGGCAAAGGCAAGAGCGGACUAUGAUAGAAGACUUAGAGAGGAAGUAGCUAGGAGGGAAGCUCUAAGGAAAGAAGAGGAAGCCAGGAGGGAAGUUUUGAGGAAAGAAGAGGAAGCCAUUAAGAAAGAGCAAGAAAAAUUACGACUAGAAGCUAUUGCUAGAGUAGAAGCCGACAAGAAAGCCAGAGCAGACAAGGAAAAGGCAGACGCGGAGGCAAAAGCAAAGGCGGAAAAGGCAAGAGCGGCUGCGAAAGCAUGGGCAGAUGCUAAAGCCGCAGCAGCAGCAAAACGUGAGGCCAAAGCCAAAGAAGAGCGCGAGAAGGAAGUAGCGGCGCAAAUACGUGAGGUCAAACUUAAGGAGGAGCGCGAGAAAGCAGCCGAAAUAGCAGCUCAAAUGAGGGAACUCAAGCUCAAGGAAGAGCGUGAAAGGGUAGCCGAAGUAGCAGCUCAAAUGAGGGAACUCAAACUCAAGGAAGAGCGUGAAAGGGCAGCCAAAGUAGCAGCUCAAAUGAGGGAACUCAAACUCAAGGAAGAGCGUGAAAGGGCAGCCAAAAUAGCAGCUCAAAUGAGGGAACUCAAACUCAAGGAAGAGCGUGAAAGGGCAGCCGAAGUAGAAGCGCAAAUAAGAGAAGUCAAACUCCAAGAACGUGAAAGGGCAGCCCUAGCCGCACUCGCAGCGGAACGGAGAAAACCGAAUACUUAUUCGAAUGCUGGAGUGGGGGAGAGAAUAAGCCCUUGGCCAAAUGGAAAACCGCCCACAACAACACCCGCUCCCCCCACUACCAGCUCUAUACCCCGACCCCAAGCACAAUCCACCUCAUCCAAGAAACCCCCGGUCUCAACUGCAAGAACGUAUGCAGGUACCGACAAGGAUGCCCAGUCCCACUCACCUUAUGCACAAACGCCAAGACCAGCCCGAAAAAAGUCACUCAGUUCCUUGUAUUCCGAAUCCUCAUACGCGGCCUCACAAUCGACGAGUAGAACUACCCCACCUCCUUCCACACGAGGAGCAUAUAGCACCAAGGAUCCGGAUAAAAUUGUUAUCAAAGGUGUAUUCGCAUUCAAUAAUGCAUUCCACAAAACCCCUACAUCUCAACUUCUAUCUGGUGUUGGUUCUGUUACCGACGGACUAAUAUUAAGAAUCACAACAGAGGGUCUCUUCAUUGAUGACGAUGUACGAGGUGUCGCUCAACGAGAGUGGGAUGUCAAAGCAUGGACAAUGAAACUCGUAGAGGUAUGGUGCCCAUCUUUCAGACAAGCAUCGCGUGUUCCUCCCGCUACUACUGCUCAUAAAAAUCCCGUUCGACGCCUUUGGGGUCUCGAUAAAGAAUUAGCAGCGAGUGAAGAAGAAAAAGACACUCUUCUAGUUAGUAUGCUGCAACUCUGCCGGGAUAAUUGUCGUGCUCGUGCCAUUUCUAAUUCUUCCACUGCGCAUUCUGCUAGUGGUUCUGUCUAUUCUGCAAGUUCUUAUGCUUCAUCCGAUACUAGAUCGUCUGUCUCAUCUGAUUAUGCUGAUUCCAUUGGGUCGUCUAACUCUCCUUAUGGCGAGAAAUCAAAGAGAACCACUAACCAUAAUGCGCAGACUGGUGAGAAUAAAACAGCUGGUCUGCAUAUUUUGAGGGCGAGCAUCAGAGAUCAGGAAGGCAAGAAGUAUGUCUUUGUGGUUCAAGAAAGUGAGGCUUGGAAGGUAGCAUUAGGGUUGCAGAGGUUGAGGAGGGGAACCCAGGUAAGAAGUUUGGGUGUUAGCGGCAUGAGUCCGAAUGAUGCAAAGGCUACACUGGAGAACUUGGGAUGGUGUUGA